ACACGCCCUAUAAGCGAGGCCGCCAGGUAGAUUGGGCCAAAUACGCUUUAACAAUGGAGCCGAAGUGGUAUAUGCUUUUCUGCCUUCUCGUGAUAUGCGGUGGAUUGCCAGUUAUAGCUACUGACCCAUGCGAAGCUGGGAAUCAUGUUGUUCGUCGGGACGAGUGGCAGAGAAGUGUCGGUCACGUCAAGCAGAGUGGUGAUAUAGCGAUCUGUGACCGCUAUAUAGAUGAAGGAUGGUACAGAUUUAUAAGUCCUGCUGGCAACGAUAUGCCUACCACGUGCCCCAACUUUCCAAAUCGCUGUGGGACAACAUGGCCUAUUUGGCUUGAUGGCAACCUCCCGGCUACGAACACAGAGAUUCAGGCCACAGCCUGUCUUUACAGCAUCUUUGACUGUUGUGAAAAGAGUUACGAUAUCAAAGUGAAGAACUGUAAUGAUGAAUUUAAUGUGUAUUACCUAGUUAAGACUACUGGUUGUUCGGAGGCCUAUUGUGUUGGCACAGAGACUCCAUGUCCUGACGACCAAUCUUCACCUACUGGAUUUACACCUGGCUGUACUGGCGACUUUCCAAGAAUUACUAUUGUGCCGACGCUUGACUGGACUAUUGGCACAAGGACUCGGAAUGGCCUGCAAUUCAAUGAGAUUCAAUUCCGUUGUCACCCCGAUUUCUCCGAGAUUGCUGCUGACAAACAGGCGGAUUUGGUUUUUGACGUGAAUUGGUAUAUGGACGAAGACCUCGUCCACACCCACCAAGUUCCUCUUGCAGAUUUACCUGCCAUUUUACAAGAAAGUGACUGGGAGGAUGAGAAGAGACUUAAUGUAAAAGUUUCAUGUGAGGUGCGCGCUAGGUUUGGUCAAAAUGGGGCGGUUGGUACCAAAUUGAGGAGUCAGACAUUUUACGCUGGCAUAGAGGUAGUAACAGAUACUCCACUCCACGUAUCAGAAGGGGACCUAGACGCAACAUUACUGGAAAUCAGGCCCACGCUGCCAGUCCUGUGUACACCGUUUCCGGAUUUUGACCUCAACUGCAAUGAAAAAUACUUGAUAGUCGAAGUCAAGAUCCCAAAUGUGCCUGACAGGACGGGCCAAUGCAAGGGCGUGCCAGUGAGUACUACCAGGGAGUUGGUAAAGGAACUCGAAGGAAUGCCUUGUGGAGUCCAGAUACCUGUUACAACAAGCAUGGAUGAUUGGAACCAGGCGACAACCUAUCCUUUACACGUAAAAGCCGUUCUCGACGGGAAAUAUGAUGGGGAUCACAUUGCUGCCGUCAAGCUCGGAACAGCAAAUGAUUUUUUUUGGCACCCGAUCUGGACAAAUUACUUGCACCCCGAUAUUCUGGUACAUGUCAUAGAUGAAGAUGCCGAAUUAGCAGGAGUUCACUGUUAUUCUCACAACGAUCCUCACAUGCUGUCAUUUUCUGGCAUACAUUAUGAAUGCCAACUGCCUGGAGAAUUCAUAUUGUACAGACAUAAAACCUUACCUAUACAGGUAAACACGUUCUUUACAAAAUGUGGUGGAGCUACGUGUAACUGUGGAGUGGCGGUGAAAUCUGGAGGGGACGUUUUCGUGGUAGAUUCAUGUGACCAGACAGGGAGAGAUGUGUACUUCAAAGGCAAUCAUCGCUCUCGCCUGCGCAUGGGUAUGAUUGGUUGUGAUGAAGAAACAAUGAGGGUUGAGAGAUUAGUAGGGAUUGGUUAUAAGGUGUACUUGCCCACAGGAGGAUACGUUCUUAUUUCAUUACAUGACUACGGUGAAAUAUACCUUGCAAAUGUAGAUAUAUAUGCUGGAACUCUGGACUAUGCAAACACGGAAGGUCUGUGUGGGGACUUUACAGGGCCACGGCGUGGUAAUCUUCGACGCAGGGAUGGGGUGUUCCACAACUUGAACACCGAAAACCCCCCAAACACAUUUUCUGAGUCUUGGAAAAUUCCCAUGGGAAGCAGUGAGAGUUUAUACAACGGAGAUGGAAGUACAAGAUAUGCCAGACAUCCGUACUGUUCAUGUGAAAACGAAGGAGAUACGUUUGACCCAGAGUCCAGACUAUCCUGUGGCUUUAACCAAAAGGUUUCAGAUUGUAUUGAUUCUAUAAAAGACAUCACCCGGCAACAAUAUCAGAACUGCAGACGAAGACGGGAUCUCUCUGGUACUGAUAGAAUAAUGGAAACAAGAAUAUUUGUAGAAGAUAGUCCACCAAACGAGACUGCUACAUGGACAAAUGGGUGGACAGAAGACGUGGCUCGUGCCUACUGCAGUGAUGAAAUCCUUGGUGGAGCUUUGGGUAACACUUCAGCAGCUCUUAGUAACUUAAAACCCGAGAAUUAUGUAGAAGAAUGCGUUUUGGACAUAAAAAUAACAGGAGACACCCAUUUUACAAAAGCGACAAAAGAAGCUUUCAGAAUGUCCAUGGAAGUCGAACUGGAAAAGAACAGUACAUUGUGGAUAUUUGAUAACGAAACCGGCAGGGCAUUUCUACCAGAAAGUAUAGCGGCCGGCUUAUGUCCAAAUCAGUGUUCGGGAAAUGGAAUAUGCUCCAAGUCGAAUGGAACCUGCUCUUGCGAAGACGGAUAUUAUGGUGCCGACUGUUCAAUGGACAAAAAUGUCCAGAUCACGUGUUUUGAAAUGCCUGACAACGGCCUUUGCGACGAAAGCUCCAGACCUUGUAGAGAGACACCAGUAUACUGUUCAAUGUUUAUUCAAGACCUUCGUAUAAAAUGCAUGUUUACUGUAUAUAAGGUAACCUUCUCAGGCGUUACGACUACAUCUUCACAAACUGAGUCGGACGCAGAGUUCGUCCAUAUCCAAGAAGUGAUGUGCAGCCUACCCAAUGCACAUUCCAGGAAGAAAAGGACCAUAUCCCCUGGAAGCACGGAGGUCGUUCUGGCAGAAGGUUACAAAGUGAGCGUCAGUAACAACGGUCUGAACUACAGUGAACCCAGGUACAUCCUGGUAUACGAUUCGAAGUGUGUGGACUGCAAUUCAACAACUAAUUGCACUCUCAAGAAUGGAACCUGCAUUAUAGACGGUGUAUGUUAUUCGUCUGGUGAGGUCAACCCUAGCAACGCGUGUCAGACUUGUGACCCCACCCACAACGUGUCAGGGUGGCUGACACAGGGCAGUAGCUGUGUCAUUGACGGAGAAUGCUACACAAAUGGUGCUCAAAGGGCGGGAGCUGCUUGUGAAGUGUGCGAUGUGAACACCAAUAGUUAUCAGUGGACAUUGCAGAGCGACAAAUGCAAAGUAAAUGGGACGUGCUAUGAGACGUGCGAACGGGAUUCAGAAAAUUCUUCCUUGAUUUGUCACCCUGAUACCAACUCUUUGGCCUGGACCAGUGUAGAAGACGCUGGAAGCUGCGCUUUAUUUGAAAGUAAAUCCACAGGAGACCUGUCCAGUUCCUCCACACACGCUUACGGUUCCUCCACAGUGCAAGAUCGAGGAACAUCAACAACAUCAACAUCUAUUAUCUUCCUAUCAACCCAACCGUCUUCCCUGACAACAGCCUCAGAGGCGAAUUCACAGCUUUUUUCCACGCGUUAUACACCAGGGGAAGCUUCAUCGACGAACUCACCGGAGGAUUAUUCUUCAACAGUUUUGACCUCGUCCGAGUGGUCUUCAACUAUGUCUUUUGAUUCUACAUCGAUCACCAUUGCGGCACAGUUUUCGAGCAACGCUCCCGUGGCAUAUGCUUCCAUAUCCACUGUAUCUUCGGUAUUAUCUUCGACUAAUGAGCCAGAAACGCAUUCUUACAAGUCAACUACAUCUGUUACAGCAUCUUCACUUAUUGUUCAGGUGGCAAGUGUGGGCACAUCGGCGGCAUCUGCUGGCUCGUCCUCUACCAGCUUACCCGUGACACACGCUUCGACAGCGACGACAGUUCAAGAAGUAUCUUCAACAAUACCAUUACCUGAGGCACAUUCCUCGAACCCAGUUGGCUCUGUGCUACCAGAAAAAUCUACACAUUUGCCGAUGACACAUGGAUCUGUUUCGACGUCCAUUUUUGCAGAAACUUCGAGGAAUUUGCCUGUAACACGCGUUUCUGCAACUGAGACAGCAAUAUCGCCAUCAUCCUCACUUAGCUUAUUAGAUGCACAUGAAUCUACUGCUACCAUUGAACUGUCAUCAAAUCGAAUGCAUAUGGGUCCUGGAUCAUCAGUGACCUCGUUUACAUCAACAGAAACUGUUACGCCCAGUAGUGUGCCCGUCAGCUAUACACCCCCAGUGACAGCCCCAACAUCUUCUCCAACAGGAACCACAAAAGGUUUAAGGCCUCCGACCAAUGCAGGGCAGUUAAGCUCUUCGACGUUAGUUGUAAUUGGCGUCAUGGUUGCAUUGAGUGUUGUCUGCGUGUGUGUCAUCAUUGGGGCUUACAUAUACAUUGUCAAAAUUAAAAGAGGUAAAUCAGCUAGGUAUUAUGCGCCCAGUAGCAGUGUUGGUGGUAAAGGAGAAAUGGGGGAAAACCGACCAGUGUCUGUCAAUUCAAACACAUUAAACGUGCAUGUUGGGGACUCCUUGGCUGAUAUGAAGCCUCUCCAUUACAGCCAAAUCUUUGAGUCAAGGGAAAUAACUGAAACAUCGAAUUCCGACUCUCGCCCAAUGAGCGGUCGUAGUCAUCACAGUGCGUGGGAUGCACCACCCAAUGAGGAAACUAGAAAUAACGGAUCACUUGCAUAUUCUAUGGAACCGGUGACCGAGUUUCAUGUCAUUCCUGAUCCUGUGACCACGGCACUGCCACCAUUGUCAUUCCGUCCAAAAUUCCCUACGUCUGGUCCUGGUCGUAACCAAUUUCCGAAUUAUUAAAUAUAGAUAGUCCAGGUUUCUUCUUAACAUUUUGUUUGUACAGGUUUCUUCUUAGUAUUUUGUUUAACACAGUGACAAGUUUUUUUUUUGUAUCAUACUCGUGUGUAAUCUAAAACUUUACAGUGUUUUAUAUUUUUGUAUUUGUGCCUAACUGAUAAAAAAUUUAAUGCUUGUUAAAAUUGCAGCCACGUUUUUUUUUAUUGUAGGCCUAUUUCCUAAUUUGGACCUUGAAGUCAUUUAAGUUGGGUAGCUGGCUGGGGUUGUCUUUUUUUUUGUCAGAAUACAAUGCAUGAGCACAUUUUUACUUACAAUAGUGUCGGUACUUUACGUUAUAAAGGCCUAAGUGCAUGUAUAAAGCUUUCCCCCGUUUCCGUUGCCAUUCCAUAGAGGUGAAAAAUAAAGUUUUUUUACAUACGCAAGUAAAAUAUUGUAUAUGCAUAUACAAAUACGCACAGAGAACUCUGUUAUGGGUUUAUUUAUACAGAAAUAAAAUGACAUUCAUUGAUUAAAAUACAUUAAGUAAAAGGCACACACGACUCUGAAGAGCAUACUAAGUUAACUUUGCAACACUGUCUGUAAUGUUGUAGUUUGGUAAUUGGAAGCAAAGAUAGUCGCGGAACGGUGAUUUUUUAUUGACAGUCCUACUGCACAAUGACUCCGUUCCAUUACAUUUAGGGACUUGUAAAAACUAAAAAAUGCAGCACUUCGGGUUAAAAAAGUGCAGCAUUUUGGGUUCCGUGGCUAAGGCCUACCCUCUACCAGGGUGGCAGAUAUUAUAGGCACAUUUUCACAUUUAUAAGAUUGACCAUAUUUAGCCAGAGACGUUGUCUGUGAAUAUCUAGUAAAAAUCAAUCUGUGGCCCUGGCAGAGGGAAGCUAAGGCACAUGAAUCUCGUGACCUGACGGUGUUGGAGUUAUUCUCGUUCAAAAUAGACUAUAAUAUUUGUAACGUGGAGAGACCAUUAUUCUCCAUGUGAAAUACUUAUCCUUAUGUUAUUGAAAUGAAAAUAAAUUCUUUUGAAGGACAAA